AUGUAUAUAAAGGAUGGAGAAUCAAGAAAUAAUUUUCCAGGUGGAUUAUUUAAAUGUGUUCGUCAAGUAUCAUUAUAUGAUGAGUAUCCUUUUGAACAUGAAUUUUUUCUUCGAAUUCAAAAAUCAUUUCCAUUGAUGGAAAAAUUAAAUUUAUAUAAUAAGAAACGACAAAAUAAUAAACAAUAUAGAAAAUCAAAAGAGAACAUCGAACAUCUAUCAAUCGUUGAAUAUUCUUAUCUUACCAACCUUAUUUUAUAUGAUACUCAUUAUGAUUAUAUUGAAGAAUUUCUACUUGAUACCAAAACAUGUUUGGAAAAUGGUGUUUUUCUCUCUCUUAAUUAUAAAUCUUUAAAAAAAGUUACACGCAAUUUUAAAAGAAAUGCAAUACGAAUUAAUUCUAAUAAAGUCAAUCGUUUAUAUAUUUCUGGUGAAUUCAACAUAACUGAACGUUUGAAACAUUAUUUUUCUCAUGCAAAAAUAUCUAAUAAUUAUUAUGGAUUUAUUUGA